UGACUGCCGUGCUCAGAACAGCCGGAGAGGGAAAAGCCAAUCAAGGGAGACAAUUCUGGUGUUGCCCGAACUCGCAAAAGGCGGAUUGUAAAUUUUUCGAAUGGGCGGAUGCAGACGCCAGCGAUAGUCGUCCAAAUGGUCCAAAUGGGUCCGCGGGUCAAGGCUCGGACACUUGCUUCAAGUGCGGCCAGCCGGGUCAUUGGUCCAGUGCUUGCACAAGCAAUCAGCCAAUACAGUCCCGGAGUUUCAGCUCCCGCAGUGAUAACAGCGCCAAGACAGGGUCAUGUUACAAAUGUGGGGAGGAAGGUCAUUAUAGCAGUGCUUGCCCACAAGGUGCAAGUGGCCAGGCGGCGACGAACGCGGGAGGAUCUUCGAGUGGUACCUGCUACAAGUGUGGGGAACCAGGACAUUACGCUAAUGCCUGUCCCAAUUCCGAUCGUCCAAACAAGCGGGCUACCGUAGGUUCGAGAGGUGCGAAAAGGGGUCGAGGGAGUCGUGGUGGGUCGACGAGGGGGUCGAGCAGAGGGUCGAGCCGACGAGGUAGAAAGAAAUCGAACUUCAAUGCUGCCGAUGAGUUCUAGCAAUUCAUGUAUUUUCUCCGCA